CGCGUGGACACGCUGCGCCUGCGCAGGAGGGCUUGCGCGCAUCCCGUCCCUCUGGGAGUGUCGGCCGGCGACCCCAUGGCGGACCCCAGGGCAGAGUCGGAGCCGCUUCUGAGUCGGGCCCGCGGCGGCAGCGUCCUCGUCGGCCCUGGUGCUGAAGCCAGGCAGGAGCUCUGCUUUGACCAGGCUGUGGUCUUCAUUGAAGACGCCAUCCAGUAUCGCUCCAUUAACCACCGCAUGGACGUCUGGUCGAUGUGGCUUUACCAGUGGUAUUACUCGGACGUGUGCCAAUGGGCUCUGAGCAUCACCAUCUUCCUGAUCCUGUCCCUGGCUUUUGUCGAGACGCCCUCCUCGCUCACGAGCACCUCAGACGUGCGCUACCGCUCGGCGCCCUGGAAUCCACCCUGCGGCCUGACCGAGAGCGUGGAGGGGCUCUGCCUGCUGGUCUUCCUGGCCGACGUCUCCGUGAAGAGCUAUCUGGUCGGCUGGGCUCAGUUCCGCAAGAACCUCUGGCUGCUGGCCUACCUCGUGGUGCUGGCGGUGUCUCUCCUGGACUGGGUUGUGACGCUGAGUCUGGUUUGUCGGGAGCCCCUGCGGCUGCGCCGGCUGCUGCGCCCCUUCUUCCUGAUGCAGAACUCCUCCUUGAUGAAGAAGAUGCUCAAGUGCAUCAGGUGGUCGCUACCUGAGAUGGCCAGUGUGCUGCUCCUGCUGUUGCUCCACCUGUGUGUCUUCGCCAUGCUCGGGAUGCUGCUCUUCACCGGUGAGAAGCAGGACGAUGGGCAGGACAGGGAGCGGCUGACCUACUUCCGCAACUUGCCGGAGGCCCUGACUUCCCUCCUGGUGCUGCUGACCACUGCCAACAACCCCGACGUGAUGGUCCCUGCAUAUUCCAAGAACCGGGCCUAUGCCGUCUUUUUCAUAGUCUUCAUCCUGAUCGGGAGCCUGUUUUUGAUGAACCUGCUGACGGCCAUCAUCUACAAUCAGUUUCGGGGCUACCUGAUGAAAUCCUUCCAGACCUCACUGUUCCGGCGGCGGCUGGGGACCCGGGCUGCCUACGAGGUCCUGGCCACGGCAGUGGGGGGAGCAGCCCGCCCUCAAGGAGUCGGGGUGAGGCCCCGGGACCUGGUUCAGGUGCUCCAGAAAGUCCAGCUGGACGGCAGCCGCAAGCGGGCCAUCGUGGAGAAGGUGUGUUCCUACGGUGAUGACUGGCUGUCCGCUGACGAGUUCCAGAAGCUCUUCAAUGAGCUUGACAGGAGGGUCAUUAAAGAGCCCCCGCCACAGCCCGAGUACCAGUCUCCGUUUCUGCGAAGCACCCAAUUCCUCUUCAGGCACCACUGCUUUGACUGCCUGGGGAACCUGAUUGCCCUCGGGAACCUCCUGUCCAUUUGUGUGUUCCUUGUGAUGGAUGCAGAUGUGCUUCCCAGGGACCGAGAUGACUUCAUCCUGGGGAUUCUUAACUGUGCCUUCAUCUUGUACUACCUGCUGGAGAUGCUGCUUAAGGUGUUUGCCCUGGGCCUGCGGGGGUACCUGUAUCACCCAAGCAACGUGUUUGAUGGGCUCCUCACCAUCGUCCUGCUGGUUUUGGAGAUCUCAACUCUGGCUGUGUACCGGUUCCCACACCCAGGCUGGAAGCCGGAGAUGCUGGGCCUGCUGUCGCUGUGGGACAUGGCCCGGCUGGCGAACAUGCUCAUCGUGUUCCGGUUCCUGCGGAUCAUCCCGAGCGUGAAGCUGACGGCUCUGGUGGCCAGCACCAUCCUGGACCUGAUCAGGAACAUGAGGGCUUUUGGCGGGAUCCUGGUGGUGGUGUAUUAUGUCUUCGCCAUUGUCGGCAUCAGCCUGUUCCGAGGUGUGCUCGUGGUUCCUGGAAACAGCAGCCUGGCCUCUGACAACGGCUCGGCGCCCUGCGGGAGCUUUGAGCAGCUGGAGUACUGGGCCAACAACUUCGAUGACUUCGCGGCCGCCCUGAUCACUCUGUGGAACGUCAUGGUGGUGAACAACUGGCAGGUGUUCCUGGAUGCCUAUCGCCGCUAUGCGGGCCCGUGGUCGAAGGUCUAUUUUGUGUUGUGGUGGCUGGUGUCAUCCGUCAUCUGGGUCAGCCUGUUUCUUGCUCUGAUUCUGGAGAACUUCCUUCACAAGUGGGACCGCCGCAGUCACCUGCAGUCGCUCACUGGCAACCCAGAGGCCACCACUCAGAUGACUGUGGAGCUCUUGUUCAGGGACGUCCUGGAGGAGCCGACAGAGGAGGAGCUGAUGGAGAAGCUGAGCCACCAUCUGCACCUGCGGCUGUGCAGGUGACAUCCAGGUGCUCCUUCCUGGCCUGGGACGUGGAUGGCAACGUGGUCUCUGGACAGGCGUGCAUGGGAAGAGACGGCGGCUGCCCAGGAGGGCUUUCCCUUGGAUAGAACCACUUCGCCCCUGAGGCCAGACUGAGAACAGAGGCCCUGGUUCGAGUAGGCAGGACCACUACCCCCGCCAGCCUCUCGGAUGGCCGCUGGCUUGGCGGUGUCUGUCCCGCACCACUUUCUGUUGUAAGCUGCCUCAGGGAGACCCUUACUUUCCAGAUAUGGGAAGAGGGUGACUCCACAGGGACCUUGGAGACAGUGAAAAGCACGCAACAGAGGCCUCCUCUCCUGCCCCACGAUUUCCAUGGUGCCUUCACUGCUGGUGGCCUUCAGGGACCAGAGGCCCGAAUGGGCCCUGCACAGGCCAACCAGCAUCUGUCUGGGGCAUUAAGGUUGGCAUCCUCGUGGUUUUACAUGAAGAGAAUCUUCACUGUUUUAUUAAGUUACAGCUCAUAUGAGUGUGUGCUGCUUUGUUAAUUAGAAUGCUAAUAAUUUUCAUCAAUAAGUCUUGCAAAGAA